AUGAUGCCCCACCCACAGGAAGUGCUACUUUCAACACACGCGACCUUCGAUUCACUUCAAGUUACGCUUUCCAACAAGAACAAAGCAUGGCGAAUAAAGAGCCCGGUGGUUUGCUAGGGCAGUUGAGGCAGAUGGCUAGCAGAAUGGGCUCUGGUCCAAGGGGUGCAGGUCUUGGGUUCAAGCUGCUUAUAGGGGCAGGAGCACUUGCCUAUGGAGUCAAGGAAGCCACAUACACAGUGGAAGGUGGUCAGAGGGCCAUCAUCUUCAACAGGAUUGGUGGGAUGCAGAUGGACACGGUACUCGCUGAGGGGCUCCACAUUAGGAUACCAUGGUUCCAGUACCCUGUCAUCUAUGACAUAAGGGCGAGACCAAGAAAGAUAUCGUCCCUAACCGGAAGCAAAGACCUGCAGAUGGUGAACAUCGCCCUGCGUGUGCUGUCCCGUCCUGUGGCCUCCAACCUGCCUGCCAUGUACCAGCAGCUCGGCAAGGAUUACGAUGAGAAGGUGCUGCCAUCCAUCGUCAAUGAGGUGCUGAAGAGUGUGGUGGCCAAGUUCAACGCCUCGCAGCUCAUCACACAGAGAGCUCAGGUGUCCCUGAUGAUUCGGCGGGAGCUCUUUGAACGCGCCAAGGACUUCAACAUCAUCCUGGACGAUGUGGCCAUCACCGAGCUGAGCUUCAGCAGGGAGUACACUGCCGCGGUGGAAGCAAAGCAAGUCGCCCAACAGGAGGCACAGAGGGCCUUCUUCUAUGUGGAGAAAGCCUUGCAGGACCAGAGGCAGAAGAUUAUCCAGGCUGAAGGAGAGGCAGAGGCUGCUAAAAUGUUGGGUGAGGCGGUGACAAAGAACCCUGGCUACCUUAAACUCCGGAAGAUCCGAGCAGCUCAGAACAUUGCCAAGACGGUGGCGACAUCGCAGAACAAGGUGUACCUGAGUGCAGAUAACCUAGUGUUGAACCUCCAGGACAACACAAGCAACAGCUUCAGCAAUUUGAGCAGGUUGGGAGAAAUAGGCUGGACGAGCCCUGAGAUUAUCAGCAAGGCUGUUCAAGAGACUCUUCCAGAGAUUGAGGGAGAAUUGAAGACCCCUGAGACGGCCAGUGUUCCUGCGACGCUUCCAGGGAUUGAGGGAGAAUUGAAGACCCCUGAGACAGCCAGUGUUCCUGCGACGCUUCCAGGGAUUGAGGGAGAAUUGAAGACCCCUGAGACAGCCAGUGUUCCUGCGACGCUUCCAGGGAUUGAGGGAGAAUUGAAGACCCCUGAGACAGCCAGUGUUCCUGCGAUGCUUCCAGAGAUUGAGGAACAACACUUCUCGAAGAGCCCUGAUAUUGUCAGCAUGGCUGUUCCAACGAUUGAGGAGGAACAUGAAUUGAAGUUCCAUGAGAUGGUCGUUGUUCCAGAGACAUGGAGUGAGGCGGGAGAAUACCCGGUCCCCCAUAUUGCGGCGGCGGCGGGUCCUGGGGACGUGGCGCAAAAUGGCGAGGCUUGAAUGUAGGUUUAUCGUUGCCGAGGUAAAGGGAAGCGUCCCUGAAGAGUAUGCAUUCCAUAUCUUCGACUUGAGCCAUCUCUACACAUUAUACCUCUUCCCCACACAGUGGUUUUCAACACUGGUCCUGGAAGGCUCAGUAAAAAGGGGCCACAAUAAGCCUGGGAAAUAGGAUGUGUUGUAUGUGACAUUUAGGUUAGGGGUCAGGGCUGGACUCCAGUGUACAGGUAUUGGAGGAUUAGUGGAGGAAACGUUUCUGUCUAGUCAUUCACUUGAAUUAUGUUAUGUUCAAAUUGUCUUUGAAAUGGCUUUCCACAUAUGGUAUCAUGUUACAGUUGCCUGGCUCUCCCUCGUAUUUAAAUGAUGUACAGAUGAAUAGAAACCGGAUUGUGCCGGGGUACUCACAGACCAGCACAAAGGAGCACUUAUUUGUUUCUACAAAGUGUAUCUCCUUGUCACAGUGCCUAAGCUCUUGGCCUGUAUUCACAGAGCCUCGGAGUUGGUGUGCUGAUAUACAGUAGCAUUAGUUUUAGAUUAUAUAGAAAGAGCGCUGAUCUAAGAUCAGGUCCUCUUCUCCAAUAUGCUUUUUGGAUGUGGGCCCUGGUUUGAGUUAACAACUCCAGAUCUUCACGAAGUGUCGUGAAUGAAUACCAAUGAAUCUUAAUGUCCUGUGUCACGAAACAAUGUUACAUCAGUGUAAUACAUCAUGCAUUGUUACACCAGUGUAAUACAUCUAAUUGUAAUGCAAAUAUUUUCUUUGGUUCUUGUUCCCUUCUCAUUUACAUUUUUUUUUUUUCACUGCGUUUCAAACUCUUUGCUCCAGGAAAAAGGUCUUCGUUACUGUGUUCGUAAUCCUAACUAGAGGCCGAAGCACUCACUUUGGGUUUGAAUAAAUACAUGUUUUUGGAUCACGA